GUCCGCGGCAGCCAAUCACGCUCGCGGAUUGUGGUCUGACACGAGAGCGCUGGUGGGAGAUACGGCCAGCUGGUCGCGUGGCGUGGUGCGGUGGUGUGGUGGUGGUGUGCGGUACCCGCGCGCGCUCCUCGCCGUUGUCACCGCCUGGCUGCGUGAUCCGUCUCGUGAGCUGAGCCGGGAGCGGCGUAAGUUCCGUGUGCAUCGUCCGUUUCAUUAACGCGUGAAUACACGCGUGGCGUGAUAAGGAACGCGGACGGAAGAGUUCGUCGGACUUGGCGCGCGGCUGGCUGAUGAAACGGAGCGAGAGAGAGUGAGAGAGAAAAAGUUGGGAGGGGCGAGAGGUACGCGCCGCUACGCGUUGCAGUUCCUGCCAGUUCCGAUCGGCGAUGCUCCGUAUAAACGCGCUUCGACGCUCGUCCAGCCUCGUGCGGCAUUGAUCGUCAAAAGCGAAUUGCAAAUCGGGAUCUCGCACUCACUCGUCUCGCACAACGCAAAUUUGCCGCACAGCGUUUCUUUCCUCGCGCGAGGACACACGCAAGUCGGACGGUUCGUCUCUCUCUCCUACUCUUCCCCCCCCCCGGCUAUUGGCGGCCUGUCAUCUCUCUGGGAGCUCUCGGCGGCACACUGCACGCCGGACCACGGAGGAUUUUCCUCUCUCUCACCUCACAAGUGACAGUCAGGUGCGCGUGCACUCGCAGAGACUACACAACACGCCGACGUCGAACGGGAUGAACUACGGGGACAUGCCGAACGUCGAGUCUACCAGGAAUCUGCGGAGGAUCGCCCGGCACGACGAGCCGGAGUUCAGCAAUGCCAGCAUCCUGAACAGCAUGGAGAAGUUCGUGCGCACCGUCAACGAGAUGGAGGACACGAUUCUGGUGCCCAGCCGGCUGCUGGAUCUGUCCGUGGGUGACGCGGGCGACACGAUCUGCAUGAAGGGCAAGCGCGGCUGCACGGUGAAGGACACCCUGGCCAACACCGAUCUGUACCGCCUCUACAACAUCAUCAAUCAGAUGAAGAUCGAGCUGCUGUGGUCGCAGGAGCCCACGCGGGGCGCCGUGACGGACGAGCAGACGCCGAUCAAGAGCCACCCGGUCGGCAGCCCGUCAGCCGAGCUGGCGCACCACCAUCCGGCGGCCAUGAACGGCAGUACGAGACUCGGCCACGUGCGCUGCCCCAGCACCACGUCCAUGCAGAGCGUGCAGAGCGCGUCCUCGAUCGCCUGGACCUCCGACUCGGAUUCCGAGAACGGCAUCGAGAUCGACAGCGGUCUCGAAGGUGAAGAAUGCGUGGUCGAUCUGGCGAGCAUCGCCGCCGAGAACUUCAAGCGUCAUCUGCGCGGCCUCCACAGCAGUAUCGCCCGCAUGACCGAGGCGGCCGAGUAUCUGACGUUGCGGUACCAGGCCGACGUGGGCGGGCAGGUCUGAUUCGCCGCCGGUAUCAUCGGCAUCAUCAUCGUCGUCACCGUCGCCGCCCGCGCGUCAUUGAUUGUCACCCCGUGUUAGUCGGCAUCGCGAACAAAUCUCGCGUCCUCGCCUUGUAAUCGAUCUCAUGGACGCUCCCGCGAGACUUUCGGUCUCUCCUGAGAGACUUCGGCCGAAUCUCAGGAAACCGGAAAAAACGCCGACGGCGAAUCGCGUAGGACGCUUUUUGCCAUUGACUCCCCCCCCUCUUCCCCCCUCCGGUAUCAUUUCGCUAUUUUAUCGAGUAACUCGCUGUAGUUAAAAGUACGCUGUCCGCGCGAUCAGUUUACGCGAAUUUCGGUAAUGUAUUCACACAGGAGGACGCGACUAUGCGAGACAAUAAAUUGUCGUCGGGUAUGUAGAACUUCGCGUAAAUUAAACUAUCAAGUUCUCGAAUAGAAUUGAGACUAUGAGAUAAGAUGUCCCGAGGUAAGAUGUCGCGUUAUUUUUGGCCAUAGCAUUACGAGGAGAUAACGUUUGGUUCUACUUUGAAUAAUUUUCCACACCGGCAGUCGAGUCUAAUUCAAUAAAAUGAGAAGAACCUAAAAUCAGGGAUGGAUGUGAUUAUACAUAAUAUAAAUAAUUUUUUCAUUACUUUAUUGUGCGUGGAACAUAUUGUGUUUCUAGUAAUAGGUUUAGAUGUAUACAUAUA